GCUGUUUCCUGUCGAGAGCAGCUCAGCCGCAGCCCCUCUGCACAGACUCUCCACCUCCUCUUUCUCUUUCUUUCAAACACUUAAUACAUUUAGAGACUGAUCUUGUGCAGAAAAUAUCCCUGACAUUUGAAGAGCUCCAGGGAUUCAGUGAGCAUGCUCCGUGCUCCCUCCCGCUGGGAAGAGGAAGCUCGUUUACAUACGAGUCAUACCAGGCAUAGCCAGCAUGUCAGCGCAGUUAACUUGCAGCGGGCUGUGAGGAAAGCGAGCGCGGCUUUGUCCUAGGAAAUGUGCUUCGUGUUUUGCUUUUUUCACUCCUUUUUUAUUUCGAAGAAAGAUUCGUAAAGACUUCUGAAACGUUUUUAAGUGCUCGAUUGAGGAUACAAAACAUACACCGUCUACAAUUAAGCCCUUGAAGGGUUUUUGUGUUUGAUUUUUCGUGCGUGGGUUUUUUUUCCUCUUUUUCUUUCUUUCUUUCUUUUUUUUUUUUAAACUUUUACAUACUUUGUUUUGAUCAUCUGAGGCUGGGCCUCACAGUCUUUGUGAAGUUUGAGAAGAGCCAGGAGCUACUCAGUAAUAAUUGAUUUUUUGAAACGUACUCUUUUGGGGCAAAAGCAAAGAGCUGGUUUUCUGUGCGAGCCCAAUAAAUGCUAUUUAUGAAGAUGGACCUGUUGAACUACCAGUACUUGGACAAGAUGAACAACAAUAUCGGCAUUCUCUGCUACGAAGGUGAAGCUGCUCUCAGGGGAGAACCCAGGAUGCAGACCCUCCCUGUGGCUUCUGCCCUCACCAGUCACCGCACAGGCCCUCCGCCCAUCAGUCCCAGCAAGCGGAAGUUCAGCGUGGAGCAAGGGGACGACGACCUGGACUGUGAAAACGACCAUGCUUCUAAGAUGAGUCGCAUCUUCAACCCCCAUCUGAACAAGACUGCCAAUGGAGACUGCCGAAAAGACCCCCGGGAACGGAGCCGCAGCCCCAUCGAGCGUGCCGUGGCCCCCACCAUGAGCCUGCACGGCAACCACCUGUACACGUCCCUCCCCAGCCUCAGCAUGGAGCAGCCCCUCGCUCUGACCAAGAACAGCAUGGACGCCAGCAGGCCGGCUGGCAUCUCGCCCACGCUGACCCCAGUGGAGCGGCAGCAGAACCGGCCUUCGGUGAUCACGUGCGCCUCGGCCAGCACCCGCAACUGCAACCUCUCCCACUGCCCCAUUGCGCACAGCGGCUGUGUCGCGGCGGGGCCAGCCAGCUACCGGAGGGCCCCGAGCUCCACCACCACCUGCGACCCCGUGGUGGAGGAGCACUUCCGCAGGAGCCUGGGCAAGAACUACAAGGAGCCUGAGCCAGCGCCCAACUCCGUGUCCAUCACAGGCUCCGUGGACGACCACUUUGCCAAGGCCCUGGGUGAUACGUGGCUUCAGAUCAAGGCGGCCAAGGAUGGCGCGUCCAGUAGCCCUGAGUCAGCCUCGCGCAGGGGCCAGCCAGCCAGCCCCUCCGCGCACAUGGUCAGCCACAGUCACUCCCCCUCCGUGGUCUCAUGAAGGGAGUGCCACCCUCAAACAAGAUGUCAAUCUGCAUGGUUUGCCUGAGCUUUGAACAGUCAGUGCUUAAAAAAAACACAAAAACAACAAAAAAAAAUUGUCUGGGUGGGGUAGGGGGAAGGGUAGGGAAGGGAUGGUUUAUUCGCAAAAACCAUGUCGUUGGAUUUUUGUUCUGUUUUUGUACUUGCUUGGUUUAAUACCCGGGGGCCCUCAAACUCGAUACCGGGAGCUGCCCGUGGACCAUCUAACCUAGCGUCCUGCCUUCCUGCCUCAGUUACCAAAGAAAUCUCUGAUGCAGGUCUGCUGCCCCGUCGGGGGCCAGGACUCCAUGGCGCACGCUUUCUCAGUCACAAGCCAUGACGUUGGUGACCCAGAUGCUUCGUGCUUUUCAAUUUGCUUCUUGAGACCGGGGUGUGUGUGUGGCUUCGCUUCCAUUGCGUGUUUGGUCCGGGCCGCAUGUGAGUGCGUCUGCGUGCGUGCGUCUACUUGAAGAGAACAGAGAACUGUCGCGUCUGAUUUGCACUAUUGGAGGAGGGCUAAAGUUGCCUGCCUGACAGCUUUCUGUGAGAUGCUAGUACUCUGAGGGCAAACUGCUGAAAAACAAAGGGUUUAAGGAUGACAUUUCUGACCAUUUGUGUGUUGUUUGUUUUUUUAAAUUUAGACAAAACAGCUUUGGAAGGGGAAGUCUCAUACAGGUUAUAGGUCUUUCUCUCUAGAUUUCAGGUGCUUGCAACUGGACUGCAGACUCUACCAAUCACGGGCAUUCUCCCUUUCCUAAACACUGCAGUUUGUUAGACUAGAGCUGAGGUUGGAGGAUUCUGUAGUGCUUUCAACGUGAUGCAUGUUUUAAUGGAGAAAAAUAGCUGGUUUCUAUUAAUUGUAUAGAUAUAGUAAACAAGAACCUUAAUACUUACUAGCUUCUUUUCAGAAUUAGUUUAUUUUUGUCAUUUACAGUCCUAGAUAUACUUACUGCUGGUACAGUUGUACUCUGAGAUUUGUUUGAUAUUCACAUUACUCCUGAGUCGUGUGGGGCUGGCAGGCCCUGGAGACGGGCAGGCCAGUUGUGGGUCAGCCGCCAUGUUAGGAUGCUGGAGGUUUUUGCUGCCAGCUGACGUUUAUUUUUUGCAUCCCUGUCUGCUUAUUACUAGCUACCAGGGGAGUUGGGGUUUGUGUCUUCCAACUUCCCUCCAUGCAGAAACUGCUCCCUUUCAACCUUCUUGGCUGAACAGCAGAUUACUGACAAUCUGUGAUAUGGUAUUUUGUGUGCUUCCUCGUACUCUGGGGCCAAGGCAGUAUACAUUCCUCUGACUUUAUACAGUUAUCACUGCAUUUAUUAUCGUUUGCUAGAGUAAUAGCUACUAACUAGAAAUUAGGCAAAGAAGAAAGCAUGACGGACACAGCUGUGGAUGUUCAACAGCUGCUCCUCUUUUUUGGUAAAUGUACAUUUCUAUCCCACCCCCACCCCACCCCCCGCCCCGUUCCAGCCUCUAGAAGGCCACCAGAGGGCUUACAAAGUUGCCUGGCCAGGUGACAACAGGUGCGCCCGCCUCCCCUGUGAGGCACUGUGGACGCCCGGGAGCCCUCGAGGCUGGUUUUCUGUAUAAGAAAAACACAGGUUAGCUGGUUAAUUGUAAAAAUUGUCACUGGGCAAAAAGGUCAGCAGAUCAGCUCUUGUGGUCCCAGGGUGGUUGCAGGUGUUUCCACAGGCAGAAGAAAAGCCCUCUCCUCUUGCCCCUGCACACAUUUCACCCCCCGUAACUGGGCUUCCAGGCUUUCGCAUUCGGGCCCCUAUAUUUUCUGUAGGAAAAAUCGGUGAGAACACUUUUUUUAUAUAGGUAACUUUAAGACCAUCAUUACGCUGUGCGUAAAGAAUGUACAGAGAAAUUUGUAGGUAUUUUUUGAAGAACAAUUAAUUUGUUAAUGAUAUGUAGCUAUUUAAUUUCCCCUUUCCCAUUGUAAUCAUUCAUUUUUUUUUUUUUUUGAAAAAAAAGUUGAUCUUUUUUUUUUUUUUUUUUUUUGUGUCGUAGAUUUGUCUGUAAAAGUGCAGGAACACAGUUACUCUAUGAGAACACUGCAUCUGCCUUAAUAGCCACUAGUUUGUUAUUGCUCCAGGCUACUGAGCGCUGUGGCGGAAAAGCAGCCGCCGCUGGCGGGCUCUGGGAAGGGCAGGCUCCUCGGGCAGUGGCCUGUCGGCGCCCGGCACUGACCUAUCUGGGAUAGGCGGGCCCCUGGAGGGGCCCCGGGCACACAGGGAAGCAGAAAACCAAACAUUUCACUGGGAAAGGACACACUCCCUGGCCUCAGGAGGAGCACAGUGAGUUCUUCACAGAGCCACGCCGUCGCAGUGCGUUCUGACCGUUCUCUCUCCAUGUUUGUAAAUCUGUAAUAUACCAUUCUCUGUGGCCUGUUUUUCCUGGAAGAAGAAGAAAAAAAAGGUUUGGCAGGCCAUCUUUUUUUUGUACUUAAAAGUAGCCUUAAGAACAAUAAUAAAGUGCUCUUAAACCACA